AGAACUCGGGAAGAGGGGACCUACGGAUUUCUAAGCAUCCCGCAGAUAUCAUGGACUAUUAGACAACUGUAUGUAGAAAAGUGUUAUUCGUCUGCAGUAGCUCGCGUUCAGGAUUUUAUUUGAAAUUGAUUCACCCACUCACCAAGCAAAAGAGUUUUGGAAAGAUUUUGCUUCUCAGUAAUAAGGAUCGGGGCGUCUGUAGGUUCUGCAAUGUCUUGCUGUGACGCACGGACUACUAAAUUCUGCUCUCCUUGAGACAGCAUUAUAUCAAAUGGCUAUAGAUCUUGCGCAUAUGGCGACAUGGUUUCCGGCUGACACCGUACAACACAGGAGCUUUCUUGUUCGUUUGGGAAGUUGCAAAGCGCAUAUGUUUUCUUGGACCAAAGCGAUGGGUAAUUCCUAAGCUGUGACUGGAGAAGAAACGGUGUCAAGACAGAGCGAGGGAAUAAAGAGGAGUGCACUUGUUGUUUGGAGAUGAUUUUGAUAUUUCUCUUUUUCUCUAUCUUGGAUGGAGGGUUAUCGCAGCUGCACUUCUCGGUUCCGGAGGAGCAGGAGCGCGGGACGGUUGUGGGAAAUAUCGCCGAAGAUCUGGGGCUGGACAUCACCAAACUUUCCGCGCGUCGUUUCCAGACCGUGCCUAGCUCGCGCACGCCGUACCUGGAGGUCAACUUGGAGAACGGAGCGCUGGUGGUGAACGAGCGCAUCGACAGAGAGGAGAUAUGUCGCCAGACCGUCCCGUGCCUCCUGCACCUCGAAGUGUUUUUGGAGAACCCGCUCGAGCUGUUCCGCGUCGAGAUCGAGGUCAUGGAUAUUAACGACAAUCCGCCGAGUUUCCCAGAGACGGACAUCACCGUGGAGAUCACCGAGAGCGCCACGCCGGGCACCCGCUUCCCGGUGGAGAACGCCUUCGACCCCGAUGUGGGGACUAAUGCCUUGAGCACAUACGCCAUCACCACCAACAACUACUUUUAUUUGGACGUACAGACGCAAGGCGACGGCAACCGCUUCGCGGAGCUCGUGCUGGAUAAACCCCUGGACCGAGAGCAGCAGGCGGUGCACAGGUACGUGCUCACCGCCGUGGACGGAGGGCAGCCGCAGAGGACCGGCACCGCACUGCUAGUGGUUAAAGUGCUGGACUCCAACGACAACGCGCCCACGUUCGAUCAAUCCGUUUACUCUGUGAGCUUGCGCGAGAACUCCCCAGUUGGCACGCUCGUUAUUCAGCUCAACGCCACUGAUAUGGACGAAGGCCAGAACGGAGAGAUUGUUUACUCUCUAAGUAGUCACAAUCCGCCGCGCAUUCGGGAUCUGUUUAACAUCGACUCGCGCACCGGGAGGAUUGAAGUGACCGGUGAGGUGGAUUACGAGGAGAGCAGCACGCACCAGAUCUACGUGCAGGCGAAAGACAUGGGACCGAACGCCGUGCCCGCGCACUGCAAAGUUCUGGUCAAACUCAUCGACGUGAACGACAACACGCCGGAGAUUAGUUUCAGCACGGUCACGGAGUCGGUAAGCGAGCAGGCUGUCCCGGGCACGGUGAUUGCUCUGCUGAGCGUCACGGACCGUGACUCCGGCGAGAAUGGACAGAUGACCUGCGAGCUGCACGGCGAGGUUCCGUUCAAACUCAAGUCGUCUUUCAAGAACUAUUACACGAUCGUCACGGACGGCCCGCUGGAUCGCGAGAAAGCGGAGUCUUACACGCUCACGGUGGUCGCCAAAGACAAGGGGGUACCGUCUCUCUCCACGAGCAAGUCCAUCAAAGUGCACGUCUCAGACGAGAACGACAACGCGCCCAGAUUCAUGCAGUCGGUUUACGACGUGUACGUGACGGAGAAUAACGUCCCGGGCGCUUACAUUUACGCGGUGAGCGCCGUGGAUCCUGAUGUUGGACAGAACGCCUAUGUCACUUACUCCAUAUUGGAGUGCGAAAUACAGGGUAUGUCCAUCUUAACUUACGUGUCUAUCAACUCUGAGAACGGCUACUUGUACGCGCUGCGCUCUUUUGAUUACGAGCAAAUAAAAGACUUCAGUUUUAUGGUGCACGCCAAGGACUCCGGUGCGCCUGAGUUAACGGCCAACGCCACCGUUAAUGUCAUCAUAGUGGACCAGAACGACAAUGCCCCGUCCAUAAUUGCACCUCUGGGCAAAAACGGCACCGCGAGGGAACAUUUGCCCCGCUCAGCUGAGCCGGGAUACCUGGUGACCCGUAUUGUGGCCACGGAUGCGGACGAUGGUGAGAACGCGCGCCUGUCAUACAGCAUUCUCCGAGGAAACGAGCUCGGAAUGUUCCGGAUGGAUUGGAGAACCGGCGAGCUGCGCACAGCGCGCCGGGUAUCCAGCAAACGGGACCCGCCGCACCCGUACGACCUGUUGAUCGAGGUGCGCGACCACGGGCAGCCGCCGCUCUCGUCCUCUGCGAGUAUCAACGUAGUGCUCGUGGACAGCAUAGUGGAGGGCCGGAGCGGAGACCGGGGGUCGGUCAAGUCUAAAGAGGGCUCGCUGGACCUCACACUCAUCCUCAUCAUCGCGCUCGGCUCCGUGUCCUUCAUCUUCCUCCUCGCUAUGAUUGUGCUGGCGGUGCGCUGUCAGAAAGAAAAGAAACUGAACAUCUACACGUGCAUGGCCGGAGACUCGUGCUGUCAGUGCUGCAGUCGCCAAGCGCGCGGGCGCAAGAAGAAGCUCAGCAAAUCGGACAUCAUGCUCGUCCAGAGCACUAACGUGGCCAGCACCGCACAGGUGCCGGUGGAGGAGUCCGGCAGCUUCGGCUCGCACCACCAGAACCAGAACUACUGCUACCAGGUGUGCCUGACACCGGAGUCUGCCAAAACCGACCUGAUGUUCCUCAAACCGUGCAGCCCGUCCAGGAGCACAGACACAGAGCACAACCCGUGCGGGGCAAUCGUUACCGGAUACGCGGAUCAGCAACCAGAUAUCAUCUCAAACGGGAGCAUUUUAUCCAGCGAGACCAAGCACCAGAGAACUGAGCUCAGCUACCUGGUGGAUAGGCCCCGUCGUGUUAACAGUUCAGCGUUUCAAGAGGCAGACAUCGUCAGCUCGAAAGACAGCGGACAUGGAGAUAGCGAGCAGGGAGACAGCGACCAUGACGCCACCAACCGGGGCCACACAGCAGGAGCUGAUCUUUUCUCCAACUGCACUGAAGAGUGCAAGGCUCUGGGUCACUCUGACCGUUGCUGGAUGCCCUCCUUCAUGCCUGGCGACAGUCGCCAGGGUGCCGAUUACCGUAGCAACCUGCACGUCCCGGGAAUGGACGCGGUGCCGGACACUGAGGUACAGGAGAGCGCGGUUCCGGGCGAUGCGUGCAAUCGGGCCGAUGAUAGAUCAUUCUCCACGUUCGGCAAAGACAAGUCACACCACGGCACGCUCACACGCCACGAGCUACACACACUCUUACCAAGCGCCAGAGCGCCUUACAAACCCAACUAUCUGUCACGCAAAAGGAUUUCCUAGCACCUUCCGUGUGGACAUUCCUGAAAAAGCGUGAGUUUGCACAGUAACGCAACCGGCCAAAAGCAUCAAGGGUUUCUUUUUUAAAAUUUCCUCCGUUUUUUUUUUUUUUUUUUUUUUUUUUUAAUUGAACUCAAUCACGGCCGAUCUGGUCGCUCCCAGCUCUGUCGGACGUCUGAAAUAGAUUAAAUCGGAUGCGAUGACGUAAGGACCCUGAGAAUUCUCAGCAGGACUGAGAAACCUCGCCAAAUCUUCUCCGAAAAACUGGAUGACAAGAGGGAAGAACAGAGGGAGAGAGCUCAAAAAGAGGAUUAGGAGUGAUGGAGAGACAAAAGGAGAAAAAUGGAUGAUCAAUGGACACGGUUGUUUUCUCACUCUCUCCGCUCUAUGAUCAAUGUGUCUCUGUUUACAGUCCACUGUAAACUAUACCAACUAUCUGAGCCCUUUACCCGUUUCGACACGCACACACUCACACAAACACACACGCAUACACAAUGUACAAACGUACUGUACAAAGAGCAGCCCAAACUAUGUGCAUUAUAAACUCAACUAUCCGUUUUAGACUUGACUGUUUUCUAUAGUCGUUUAUUUUUUCUUCUUAAUCAGUGUGGUCAAGUGUUCUUCUGAAGUUACUAUCUUUAGAAAAAGCGUGGAUGCGGGGGACAAAAAAAAAAGGAAAAAGAAAAAAAAAAAACAAAAAAAGACGAUUCUGUCCUCUCAUUGGCCUACGGAUACUUCAUCUGACAUUGUGGUUAUCUUCACGUGUGCAAGUGUGUACUGUUCUCUUUUAAAGCUUCAAAUAACUAUAAACCUAUAUAUAUAUAUAUAAACAUAUAUAUAUAUAAUAUAUAAAUAUACUUUUUCUGAACCUGUGUAGCCCAUUGGAUAGUUUCCUAAACACCAUAUUGCCAUAAACCAAUACAAAGUGCUGAAAAGACUUGCAUUAAAAUUGGGGCUUCGAAUUGUGUGGCCUCUCUGUCUAUAAAUGCAGAAUUAUUUUAUGCUGUAGUUAUUUGACAUAAUUCUCUGUCAAACGCACACAUGCAAUAUAUAGAUGAGACCGGGACUAGUUGUCAAAUCUGUUUUUUUUGAACACUUACAUCAUGUAUAGUUCAUGAUAUAGGCCUAUACAGACAUUGAUAUUUAUGACAACAUGACCUAUAAUUUAACUAGUAAAACCAAAUAUGAAACACAAAAUGGUAACAUACAAAAAUAUGUUUGUGUUUUCACAGUUUGCCCCAAUAUAAAUGUGACAACUAACUUGUUGGAAAACAAAAUAGCCUACUUAUGUUCUAAAAGCCAUUCAUUAUGUACAGUUGAAGUCAAAAGUUUUCAUACACCUUGCAGAAUCUGCAAAAUGUCAAUUAUUUUACCAAAAUAAGAGAGGUCAUACAAAAUGCAUGUUAUUUUUUAUUUAGUACUGACCUGAUUUUUGUUUACAUAUAGUCCACAAGAAAAAAUAAUACUUGAAUUUAUAAAAAUGACCUUGUUCAUAAGUUUACAUAUACUUGAUUCUUAGUACAGUGCUGUCCCACAAAAUCUUUGGUUUUUCAGCAUUUUCAUGUUUUUGAACCCGUUCCAACAAUGACUGUAUGAUUCUGAGAUCCAUAUUUUCACACUGAGGAAACUGAGAGACUCAUAUGCACCUAUUACAGAAGGUUCAAGCGCUCACUGAUGCUCCGGAAGGAAAAAACAUGCAUUAAGAGCUGGGAGUGAAAACUUUUGAACAGAAUGGAGAUGUGUACAUUUUUCUUAUUUUGUACUGCCCUUCAAAAGCUACAGAAGAUACUUAUAUGUUUCCCAAAAGACAAAAUAAGUAAAAUUGACCCUGAUCUUAUUCAAAAAGUUUUCACCCCUUGGCUCCUAAGACACUGCAGCCAAAACACUGUUUUUUCAAAGCUCCUGUCAAGGUUGAGAUUUUUGUCAAUAGACUUCAGUUACAAUACAUAUGUAUAAAGGCAGUUUUCUCAAAAUUAGUUUUUUUUCUCUUACACUGAGCCAUAAAUCUCCACUUCAGUAGCACUUACACACACCAAGCUUUACAUUUUUAUUCCUGCCUAUAUCCUGAAGGUUUUUACAGAGGGAUUUGUUCGUAUAUAAUUUGCUUGAUUUUAUACAGCAUUUUUCACCCCUAAAACUGUUAAAAAUAUUUUCUGAAUUAUGGAGUGACAGAAUAAGAUACCCAAAAUUCCCUCUGUAAAAAACAGUUGACUCUAAUAUGCAAAAAAAUAAAUAAAUAAAUAAAUAAAUAAAUAAAAAAACAAGAAUUUUGAAACUGACUUCAUCCUGUUUAGAUUUUUGUACUGGAAAUUUAUGCAAAUGAGCACAUAUUUCAUUACAUAAUACCUCAUUUGCAUAUUUAAACCCUAAAUUUGAGAAAACUUGUAAUACAAAAAAUGUUUGCAAUUAUCAAUGUAAUCAAUCAACUGGGUAAGUAAGGUGAUAACACGCAAAAAUGCUGAAAAAAAACAAAAUAAUUUGUGGGACCUGAAGGAUUUUUCUGUAGAACAGCAGGCAGUUCAGGACAAACAUGGGACUCAUGAACAACUAUCUCUAAAGAAAAAAAACAAAACCAAAUAAACAAACAAACAAACAAAAAAAACAGCUGUGGAUUAAGAAUGAAGUAUAUGUAAACUUUUAAACAGGGUCAUUUUUAUAAAUUCAACUAUUAUUUUCUCUCGUGGACUAUAUGCAAAUGUAUUUUAUGUGAAAUAUAUUAUUCAGGUCAGUACUAAAUAAAAAAAUAACCUGCAUUUUGUAUGAUCUUGGUAUGUAAACUUUUGACUUUAACGGACUCUUAUCUUAUAAAUGUGUUGUUUUAUUUACUUGUUUCCUCAACAGUUUUUUAUAAAAUAUGCUAUUAGAAUCUUUAUUUGGCAGAAUUCACAAAAAUGAUCUAGGACUGAAACUAGGUGUCUGCACCCCACAUAUAUGUUCACUGCUAACGAAAACAUGUUUUUGUGAUUAGACUCAAAGCUUCAUAUUUAGUGAGAUCCAGUGCUUUGUGACAACUCACCCGGUCUCCUGUCUCUCCCUCUAUAUAACACACAUUAGAUCACAGGCUCAUAGUUUCAUUCAAAGCAAUCCAGAACAUCUUUUGCUUCUUGGCCUGAAAUGAUAAGCACGAGUAUGAAAGACUUUGAUUGCGGAUGUUUAUUCAGUCCUGCCACACUGACUGUGAUUAGAGAGUUGUUUUGAACAUUAAACUUCUCUGGCCUUUUCUCCAGUGUUCCUGAUUGGCCAUUAGAAGAAGAAAAAAAAAAGCACCCAGUUUUAUGUCAUGGGUAAAAUCAGCAUGUAAAAACAAGACUUUGAAUUGAAAACUCCCGCAUGACUAAUCAGCAACAGAAAGACAUCAAGCACUUCUUCCACUAAGAGGACAAAUACGGUAGAAAUUACUUUUCCUCUUGCACAAAUGGACACAAUGAGACUUCACAAUAACAGAAUGACGGCUUUUAAGUAAAGAUGAGGUCUCCAUUUAGACCAGCAUCCCUGUGGGGUUUGUCCACACCACUGGAUAAUGAGAUCUUUAAUGGCUUAGUAAUAUUUUUCUCUGGUCGUGGUUGUUAAUUUUAGUUUUGUAAAAUAUUUGUUUUAAUGAAUAGAUUUUACACUACAGUACAAAUAUAUAUGCACUCUACCAAUUAAAAGUUUAGAAGCUUUACAAUUAUUAUUAUUUUUUUUUAUUAUUAAGUCUCUCAUCAGGGGUGCAUUAAAAAUACAGU